GACUGCUUGCUCAUUCAUUCUUCCGUCCCGACUUUUCAUUAUAUUUAUAUUUCGUAUGUCAAUUGUCAAUUACGUCAAAUAACAACUGUCAAGUUUGAAUAUUGCGCUGCAGUUUUUUUAAUUGGAUAAUUCGAUUUAUUUGAUGCGUGACUGUUGCGUUGUAUAGCUGCGUCUUUUAUUUUUAUUGUGUUAGUGAUAUAAUUUACAUUUAACGGGCGGUGCGGUCAGAGGUGACUUGCAUUAACAAUGGGCCGAUUCCUAGUAAUAAUGCUGUUUGCGGUGGUCACCUGUGUGACCGCCUUCAGCAGGGUGCCGUUGUACCGCAUGCAGUCGGUGCGCAAGCACAUGCACGAAGUGGGGACUGAGCUGGACAUCCUGCGCGUGAAGUACGCCGUCUCAGGGCCCGCGCCGGAGCCGCUCUCCAACUAUCUUGAUGCACAAUACUACGGACCGAUCUCGAUCGGAUCGCCGCCACAGUCUUUCAAGGUGGUUUUCGACACGGGCUCUUCAAACUUGUGGGUGCCCUCUAAAAAGUGCCACCUCACAAACAUUGCUUGUUUAGUGCACAACAAGUAUGACAGCACUAAGUCCAAGACAUACCGCGCCAACGGCACGCAGUUUGCCAUACAGUACGGCUCAGGCAGCCUCUCUGGCUUCCUCUCAACCGAUGAUGUCACUGUGGGCGGCCUGUCGGUGCGCUCGCAGACGUUCGCGGAGGCGAUGUCGGAGCCGGGGCUGGCGUUCGUGGCCGCCAAGUUCGACGGCAUCCUCGGCAUGGCAUUCAGCAGCAUCUCCGUGGACGGCGUGCCGCCCGUAUUCGACAACAUGGUGGCGCAGGGACUCGUACAACCAGUCUUUUCCUUCUAUCUCAACAGAGACCCUUCGGCAACGCAAGGCGGCGAGAUCAUCCUGGGCGGGUCGGACCCGGCGCACUACCGCGGCAACUUCACCUACGUGAAUGUAGACAAGCCCACCUACUGGCAAUUCCACAUGGACUCUGUCUCCGUCAAGGGACAGAAAUUCUGCGCUAAGGGGUGCGAAGCGAUCGCGGACACGGGCACUUCGCUGAUCGGCGGGCCGGUGGCGGAGGUGGCGGCGCUGAACGCGGCGCUGGGCGCGACGCCGCUGGCGCUGGGACAGUUCAUGUUCGACUGCGCGCUCGUGCCGCGCCUGCCGCGCGUCAGCUUCGGCAUCGGUGGCAACACCUUCACGCUCGACGGCGUCGACUACGUGCUGCGCGUGAGCCAGUUCGGCAAAACAGUGUGCCUGUCCGGGUUCAUGGGGCUGGACAUCCCGCCGCCCAACGGUCCGCUGUGGAUCCUGGGCGACGUGUUCAUCGGCAAGUACUACACGGAGUUCGACGUCGCCAACAAGCGCAUCGGGUUCGCGCCCGCCGUCUGACGCGCCUCACCUACACCACGCAACAAUUCACUCACGACCCAACAUUGACGCGUAACAUGCAAAGCAAUAAUACAGAAAGCUAUGUCCGGUCACGAACAGUAAUAAUAUUUAUCUAGAAUCUAUCGAUUUUUAUAAGGAGUGUAAUUUACAACAAAUAAAACAUACUGUGGAAACCCAUCAAACCGCGUGUCGCCCACGUUCGUCUCAAGGCAGAUAGCACGCGCUGUUGUUCCAUACAUGUUGAGCGUCAUAUUGUGUCGAUUUUCUUCUAGGGAGUACAUAGCUUUAGCUAGUGAAAUAAAUAAGAAGUCGAGCAAUAUUCGUAGUUAUUCAAGAUUCAAGAUGAUUUUUAGUUAACGCAUAUUUAGGUAUUCAUUAUAUUUACAUGCACCGAUUUUGCUUGCAUAGCUUCUGUCGUAUAAAAGUGGCAGGAUUGCCCCUAUUUUGCAUACAAGCUAUGAGUGUUUUCGGCCAGAUAUUCAGUGGCAUCGCGCAGAGAUUUCCAUUCAAUACGCGUCCAGGUCGGCGGGUCCGCGCCUGCAACUCGCCGAACGGAAUAUUGUGUAAAAGGAAGAUACGCUGACGCAUGUACUACAUAAUGUAUUAGUUAGACGCGGGCGAUUAUAACGAAACAUUACAAAUAUUUUGUAGUAGUGUAACUAUAGUGUUGCAGAUUAGUCUGUGAGUGAACGCGCGGCAACCCGCACGCCUUGUCUCUGUGCAGUGGUCGCGAAACCUGUAGGGCUAGUUUACACUCACCAACUAGUGAUAAAGAUGAAUAUUGUUGUUUAGUUAAUAUUAUUUGGUCGAUAUGAUUUGUAACUAUAGCCACAUGUAGAAGAGUAUGCUUGUUUAGACAUUUAGUCAAUGUAAACGAGCGUUAAGCUGCGACCGAUUCUACCAUGACGUUUUGUUACUGUUUGCACUUUAUUGAAAUAAAAUAUAUAAACAUU